GCCCUUUCACACGACACGAACUUGACAGUUCGCCAGUUCGACGAACGUAGCUCAAUCUGGGUGUUGCUGAAUUUAGUGAAAUAGCCGCGAACUCAUGGCGAGCUCGCGAACUUGACAGUUCAAUCAAAACAAACGGGCAGUGAAACAAAAACAAACCGCCAGUGCAAAUAAAAAACAAAGUGGUAGUGAAAACUGUUGUAUCGUUGUAUCGUUGAUUUGUAAACCAAAAAAGUAAGUUUAAUUGAAUAUUGCGGAUCAAAUACAUAUGGCUUAAGCUGGAUAUGUUAAAAAUAAUAUCAUUGUUUUAUAAUUGUAUAAUCUCAUCGACUACAGACAAAAGAUAAUAACAUGGACUCGACAGCCAACAAGGCCCCUCAGUUCUGCGAGGAGGAAUUUGUUUUUACGGAAGAAAAAACGCUGGAGUUAAUAUCGGAGGUCCAGAAACACGAAGUGCUUUGGAAAAAGCAAAAUAAAAACUAUAAAAAUACUACUAAACAGGAUGAUAAAUGGCAUACGGUGUCAAAAGCAGUUGGGCUUCCAGUAGCCAUAAUCAAAGCCAAAUGGAAGGUUCUGCGUGCCCAAUUUCGCACCAACAACGCCAAAGCUAAGCAAAGCUGUCGUUCUGGGGCUGGUAAGAAUGAUAAGAAAUAUAACUUGAUAAUACUUGAAAUUAAACUUGAAUGA